AUGGCAAAGUGCCUCGCGGUCGCGCUCCUCCUGCUGGUGGCGCUCGCGUACUGCGACGGGAGGGAGCUGAACCAGAAGGGCCAGGCACUUGCAACGGCACGCGGUGCCGGUGGUGGCAUCGGCGAGGAGAAGAUUUUGGGGUUGCCAGAGUUGCCGCUUGUGGGAACCGUUACAGGGACCAGUACCGUUACCGGCCCUGCGGUGGUGCUUCCUGCUAUCCCGGCUCACCCAUGA